GGUCGCUUUUGCGUUUAUUUGUGUGGGCGUUUCGUAUGAUGGACAAUUUAGAUGCCUUACUGAAUGAGUUACAUCAGACAAAUGAAGAGAUACUCAAAAGGAACCAAAUUUGUGAGCUACCCACUCAUACCACAAUGCUGGAUAGCCGACGACCACUAGAGACCGAAAUCGAUCUUGUCCCAUCACCGUCAAUAUGCAGCACAUUCACUUUCGAUCAGAAACAUUCUACAAGCAGUGAAGACUACUCUAGCAAACUACAACCUCCUGUCCAAGCAACUCACAAAGGUAGAGCGAUGAAGGAGCUGAAUGACAUGUUGAAUAUGCUUGAUCAAACUGACUAUGCCAACCUCAUCGGGGACGAUUCCUCUUUAACAUUCACCACCCACAUAUGGGGCGAUCCAAACGAAAACAGUCCAAAAUCAGAUUCUACUCGUAUACAGUCGCCAGAUUCGAACACAGCCUUCGACAAUGACUCGGCUAUUGGACAAUCCACAAAUUCCCAGUUAUUUUCGACUGAAGAUCAAUCUCCGGUGCGCAUUUCUGCAGCACAUCACGCAUCCCAGCAACUGGAUGACCUCCUAGUUUCCCUUGGACAGUUAAAACUAGAUCAACAGCAAAGGUAUAAUAACAAUACGAAAUUAGAGUACGCUCAGACCAAUUCAAUGACAGGAAUCUCCGUGGAUCCCGAAUAUACUUCUAACCAAUUUGAAGCCGUUGAGCGACACCCUACCAAGCUCGUGCCAAAAGUAGAUGGUCGCCCUGCACCUACUGAAAAGAAGCCCAUAAUAGACCGUCCUGAACCACAUUCCUCGGCAAAAGGUUCCCGCUUUAUUUCAGAACCGAAAAAUAUGCUUUCAAACAUGCUGAAUGAUUUGUCCACCGAAAUGUCUCAAAGAGGUGCUGUCACAACUGCUAAAGGACUCUGCUUUGCGUGCAAGAAGCCUAUUGUAGGACCGCUGGUUUCCGCCCUGAACCGGGACUGGCACCCAGAUCAUUUCACAUGCCUCAGCUGCGGGGUCGGACUCGUUGGUGCCGAUUUCUAUGAACGCAAAGAAGAGCCGUAUUGCACAGAUUGUCACGCAAGGCUGUUCUCGCCUAAAUGCGCCAGAUGUGGCGAUGCGAUCACAGACAAAUGCAUUGUGGCUUUGGGACGAACCUGGCACACUGAACACUUCUUUUGCAACGAUUGCCAUCAAACUUUCGGAGGAAAAUCAACUGUUCAUGAACACGGUGACCAAGUAUAUUGCCCAACUUGUUACUUGCGCAGAUUUGGUAUGCGAUGCACCGGUUGUAAUGGACCGAUAAUGGACUCCUACAUUACUGCCUUGGAUGUUCCGUGGCACCGAGCAUGUUUCGCCUGCCAAGACUGUGGAAAGCAACUUUAUGGAUCCAGUUACCACGAGGUGGAUGGCUAUCCCUACUGCGCUUCCCACUACUAUUCUCGACGUGGGCUACUUUGUGUUGUCUGUGGGAAACCGAUUACCGGGAGGUGUGUGAAUGCACUUGGACGCCGCUAUCAUCCUGAACACUUUACCUGUGCGUAUUGUUUACAGCCGUUGCAGACAGGAACAUUCAAGGAACACUCAAACAAACCCUACUGCCAUCAGUGCUUUUCGCAAUUAUUUGGUUGACCACAUCUGGCAAAACACUACCGGUCGGUCGGAGAUACUAAUGGAGGCGAGAUAUAGAUCAGUUAUAAGGACAGCAACUCAUUGUUCUGGUGUUCAAACGUGUAGAAUAAAUUUAUACUAAAACGCAAGCUUGAAAAGCGCGAGCACAUCAAACCAGCACUGUCCACCGCAACCACUGUACGAGAUGUCUAUUGACUUACUUUUUUAUGCUUAUUAUUUAAUUAAAGAGACAAAUUUAUACUUUUUACAAUUAC